UUUCACUUCAAACGUUAGCUAACGUGCAGAUCAUAGUCAACAAUUAGUCCUAAUUAAUCCGCCCUUUUGUGAGUUUGCACUUCCCGCUGGAGCCCUCCGGACCGGCUCCAGCGAGUCUGGGGCUUUGUAUGGAGAAUCAACCUGAGCUUGCCUGAGGCUCGCGAAAACGCCUGAUUCGUAUGAUGAGAUCUGAAAGACAGAGAACUAAACUCACCACCUCUGUAAUUUCUUAGUCAUAUUCAAAACCCGACCAAAUUCAGUUAAUUAAAGUACAAUGCAAAGGCUAGCCAUUUCAUUUGUAAAUCUUCACACAUAUUUGAGGGCUGCAGGUUUAUUUGUUGUCUGUCCUUCAGCAAAUGUCCCAUUCAAAUCGGUCAACAGAGAUCAAACGAAACUUUCUCGGUCUCUGGCGGCGGGGGUCACACCCACCUGAACCCCCCUCCAAAACAAAGGCCUCAUCACAGGGCAGCCUGAUGCUCAGACAGCUGGGCGCGUCUGUCUGAAGCUCCAAACCCAAAUCAAGGACCUGACAGCCAGCAUGGAGACAUUUCAAUCCAGGAGAAAUUAGCAUUCUGGAGUUUAGCCCUCAAAUCAUCAGAAUGUGAUUAGGUCUCACUGUUAGCCAGUGACGCAGUAGGACGACAAGAAAGUGUUGUUUAAUGGGCUCCCUAUCUUGUAUUCAGUGGCGGAUAUCACCUUCAAUCACUUUAUGCAGAGCUCAUUUAGCCCCACCUGACAGGUAACUGAUACUCAGACUCACUGGCGCCGUUGCGUCCCAGCCAUGAACGUGAGAAAACGCACAGCCCAGCCUCCAUUAACCUCAAUUACAACCACCAUCUAGUUUCUAUCGUUCCGCCGACAUUUCUUUGCAUAUGCUAAUACAGACGUGUGUCCCUCCUAUAUAGCAACCAAAGGUCCCUGGAAGGUGCAGAAACACAGACCCCUGUGACCACUGCAUACAGACAACAUGGCAAACUUCAGUGUGGAGUGGCUUUCCAGAAGUUACUAUGACGAGGUGACACACAGGGGUGAAGAAGCUGCACAAUAUUCAGAAAUAAAUGGAGAAGUUGAAGAAUUUACAAAGGAAUCAGCUCCCACCUCGCCAAACGACAGCUGUUACACAUCAGGCUCAGAGAGCGAGGUGGGAGAGGACAGCGAGGGAGAAGCUACCCAGCAGCGUAGGAUGAGGACCAAGUUCACAUCCGAGCAGAUCAACAAACUGGAGAAGACCUUCGGCAAGGACAGAUACCUGGGUGCUGCACAGAGGAGGAAGAUAGCGGAGAGGCUGAGACUGUCAGAAACUCAGGUGAAAACAUGGUUCCAAAACAGAAGGAUGAAGCUGAAGCGAGAGGUCCAAGAUCUCCGCCCGGAGUUCCUCCCUGUCCCGGCCUCUCUGCUGCCUCCUCUGCUGUUUCAGCACCACGCGCUGAGUGGACAGCUCCCUGUCUACAGCGGCAUUUACCCGCAGCUGCAGCCGCUCCACAGGGCGAUCAUGCCGGCUGCUCUUCACCAGCAGCGUUCUCCUCCCGUCAUCAUGCCCCCACACUUUUAUUAAAACAUGUCACCAUUAAAAUAGAACGUUUGUCUAGAAUCUAGACAAUAAUUACUUUCUCUAAAAGAGAGGAUCAAAAGUUAUAUUUAGUUAUAAUAUAUGUAAAGCACUACAUUGAAGGAAUGUAAUAUUUAAUGAU